AUGGCGUUUGGAGGUCAAAAGAUAAGCCACAACCACCAGACCUGCUUAUGGACUUGGUGUUCUGGUGUUCAUGUAACAUUACGUGAAUCUACACAACUGCCUGAUGGUGAUUAUUACAUCUACACUGAUGGGUCAAAAAUAGAAGAUAAUACUGGUUGUGCUUUUGCAGUUUUUCACCAUGGCACUUUAUUGCAUCAAUGGAAAGCACAUCUUCAUGGACAUAACAGCGUGUUCCAGGGAGAGGCCUUUGCCAUCGUCAAUGCCACUAAAUAUAUUCUGGAACAUCAAAUAUUGAACUGCUGCAUUGUAACGGACAGUCAGUCGGUCUUGGCUGCUGCAAUGAAUCCUGUGCAUCCAUCAAUAAUAAUUUCGCAACUUCAAGAACUACUUCGAUUAGGUGCUCACCUUAAUAUUCAAAUGUUUUGGACACGUGCUCAUAUGGGCACAAUUGGAAAUGAACUUGCUGAUGAAUUAGCAAAGCAAGCGGCCAUGAACGAUGAUGCUAUUAAUUCUCCCUUAGCUUGGCCCAUAUCACAUUUUCUUCGGAAACUGCACCUACAGUCAGUUAUGCAAUGGCAGGUCCUCUGGGAUGCAGAGGAUAGUGGCCGCAGAGCGCAUUAUCACCUGGGCUAUGUUGAUGAGACUCGUCUUCUUGCCAAUUCACAAUUGGUAAGAUAUGUCACAGGUCACGGGCCUUUUCCCGUAUAUUUUGCCCGCUUUAACAUCACUUCAACUGAUCAAUGUGUUUGUGGCCAGGCGGGUACGCCUGAGCAUUAUGUAUCCUCUUGUGAACUUACACGAGAACUGCAUAUCCCUUUUCCUGCUCAACAUCAGCAGGCUUUUAGUAAGUUUUUAAUCAAACAACGACAUCUUGUUCGGAAACUGACGGCCAUCAUGUCAAAACUUAUGCAUCUUGGUACCGACUUAUGUCAACCUGUCUAA